AUGAAGCCAUCUGCCCAAGGAGGAGUCCCGGCCCCCGUCGUUUCUGUCCAUAUCAUCAAAACCUUUGGGAAAAGCACUCUGUUGGUUGGCUGGGAGAGACCUGCACUGGAUGAAUUAGGAUGUAGCAACGGGACGUUCGUAACAGGAUAUAAGGUCUCCCUCCCAAUGGCCCUGAGAACCUCAGCCGCCCGGAGGCUGCUCCAGUGCAGCCGCACCUGCAUGCCAGGCUCCUGGGAUGCCCGGGCACGGAGCACCAGCGCACCUGCUCCCAAAGGAUAUGAAGCAAAGGCCUCUGGGAAAGCAGCCAAAGGUGCCCAGUUUGAUUGGCAGGAUGCCCUGCUGCUGGAGAGCCUCCUGACCAAGGAAGAAAUUAUGAUCCGGGACUCCUUUCGCACGUACUGCCAGGAAAAACUCAUGCCCAGGAUCCUCAUGGCCAAUCGAAAUGAAGUCUUUCACCGGGAAAUCGUGUCCGAAAUGGGGGCGCUGGGUGUCCUGGGUCCCACCAUCAAAGGUUACGGCUGUGCGGGGACUACCUAUGUGGCCUACGGGCUCCUGGCGAGGGAGAUCGAGAGGGUGGACAGCAGCUACCGGUCGGUCAUGAGUGUCCAGUCGUCUUUGGUGAUGCACCCGAUUUAUGCCUACGGGACGGAGGAGCAGAAGCAGAAAUAUUUGCCACGCUUGGCCAAGGGGGAAUUGCUGGGCUGUUUCGGGCUCACAGAGCCCAACCACGGGAGUGAUCCUGGUGGCAUGGAGACCCGGGCCCGAUACAACCCCUCCAAUAAGACCUACAUCCUCAACGGCACCAAAACCUGGAUCACGAAUUCUCCCGAGGCGGACCUGUGCGUGGUGUGGGCCACGUGUGAGGACGGCAAAGUGCGGGGCUUCCUCUUGGAGCGCGGCACGAAAGGGCUCUCCACGCCGAAGAUCGAGGGCAAGUUCUCACUGCGGGCGUCCAUCACGGGCAUGAUCGUCAUGGAGGACGUGGAGGUGCCCGAGGAGAACCUGCUGCCCCACGUCUCUGGACUCGCUGGUCCCUUUGGGUGCUUGAACAACGCUCGCUACGGGAUCGCCUGGGGAGCGCUGGGAGCGGCUGAGUUCUGCAUGCAGACGGCCAGGCAGUACACCCUGGACCGGAUCCAGUUUAAUGUUCCCCUGGCAAGAAACCAACUGAUCCAGAAGAAACUGGCCGAUAUGCUUACGGAGAUCACCAUUGGCUUACACGCGUGCCUCCAGCUGGGCCGUCUGAAAGAUGAAGACAAGUACGUGUGCGUGCGGGAGAAGUAG